CUUUGCAUUACUGGGAUUGAAAAUGGCGACUGUAGGAGGCGAUGGGGAUAAUGCAAAUAUGGAAACAAAUCAGCCAAAUGUGGAGACGUUUUUUGAGCUGGAAGAGAGUCAAGCAGUAAUAAGGGAACUCAAGUGUUGUGGAUGCUGCAGUAGGUGCAUUUUAAGGCUCAUAGGUGUCAAGAGACAGUCUUCAUACAUUGACCCACUGGAGGUUUUAUCCCAACUGCUCAAGAGCAAGGAGAAUGGCUCUUCCCCAAGCCAGGAGGCUGAGGACGGGUCUGCAGAGCCUGACGGGGAGCCAAACGCUUCAUCCCAUCAGCCAGCUGGAGGUUUGCCCAGUGUAACAUCAGGAGUUUGCAGUGUUUGUCUUGGUAUCCUGCAAGGUCCAUGUGAGAAAAGCCAUGUGCUAGAUUUGGCAGAGCAGGUGCGGGAAGCUGACUUUGGCUUUGAAAACUUCACAAUGUCAAUGGUGCUACCUCUGCAGCUUUUAAUUAGAGAGCAUUGUAUCUUUCUUCACUUAAAGUCAAUGUUCAGUGAACUGUACCAGAAAUCUUCCCAUGGGAUGAUUGCCACCAUCAAGGAAGUGUACAAGUGGGUAUGUGGACCAGUCAUGGGAGAUGCACUGGAUGUUAGCUUCUACUUUAAGAGUCCAAUGGAAAUUAUGGUGACCUUCACACAUCAAGAAACAGAAGAAGAACUCAACAAACUAUUACGGCGGAGUAAAGACAAUCAGCCUCAAAGGAAGAGAGCAAAGUUUUUUAACGCUGCUGCCAAUGCCCCAGGCAGACCUGUUGUAAUUUCAACCAUCAAGGAUUUACCAAACAGCCUUUUCAAGGAAUUAUUUUCUUGCCCUCCAUCGAUUCCCCGGUCCCCAUGCACAACUGAGGUGGCCUGCUGGUACUCUGCUGUGUUUGUUGCAGGACGAUACAACAAGUACUCCCGCAAGUUGAGUCAGACACCCUGGCUGAUUGACGGGGAGCGCAAGACAGAGUCCUCCAUACAAGAGAUAGUGUGUGAUCCUCUCAAAGAACUCUUCAAGGCAUCAGAGUUUAGAUUCUCAGCCUCGGGUAGAGAAGAUGUUGAUGUAAGAACACUUGGGAAUGGAAGGCCAUUUGUAGUAGAGAUACUUAACUCAAGGCGUCCAAUACCUUCCCAAGCUGAACUCACUGCAUUGCAGAAGAGAAUCAACAAGAGUACGCCAGAUGUUCGCAUUAGGGACCUACAGUGUAUUGGCAGGGAGGACACAAAUAAAUUGAAAGAUGGGGAGGAAAUCAAGACCAAGUCUUACAGCGCCCUCGUGUGGUCAUCACCUGAGCAAACAGCAGAGAGUUUAGCCUUCCUAUCUGACCAAAAGGAUCUGGUCCUUCAUCAGAAGACUCCGAUACGCGUCUUGCAUAGGCGUGCUCUAGCAACACGGGAACGUAUUGUGCACAGCAUGUCAGCUACAGUCAAGGAUGCACACCAUUUCAGAUUAUUCCUCAAAACGCAAGCCGGCACCUACAUCAAGGAGUUCAUUCACGGUGACUUUGGUCGGACCAAACCUUCCCUUGGUAGUCUGCUGAAAUGCGAAGUGGACAUCUUAGAAUUGGAUGUUGAGUCAGUUGACUUGGACUGGCCUCCAUCCCUCUCCGAGCCUGAGGAUAGUGAUGAGGACAACAGUGAGCAGGCCAAAGAAGUGGACAGAGAAACCUGAAGAGUCACUGAGACAGGUGAAGGUGAUUGUGGAUGUUUAGCUGUCAAGGACAAAUCCACAACCAUAUUUUUUCUCGGGGGAGGAGAAAUUUUGGGGGACAGGGGAAUUUUUUUUGGGGGGGGAUCUUUUUAUGGUCUUUCCUGCGGGGGUAAGGCUAAGUUGGGGGGGGGGCUUUCACACGUGUUUGGAGGAAGGUAAAUUAAAGAGGUUUUUAAAAAUCGCUAUUCUCAUUGCAUUUUGAUAAAAUGUUCCGGGGGUGGAAGACAUGACCCUAGUCCUCCACCCUUCAAUCUACCAGUAGAGUCACUGUCACUCAUAUGUGCAUUACCUUCCAUAUGUUGGAAAUGGUUCUUGUACUGACACACUCUGAUAUUGCAAUCGUUUUAUGCAUAUACAUGUUCGACUUUUCUGAGGUUAGGAUUGGUUGGAAUCCCUCUGGUUUGGGGCAAGAUGGUUUUAUUUCCUUUCUAAAUUUGCAAGUUUUUUCCUCUGAUUCCUUCAGAAGAACUAGUUUGAAUAUUCACAACUUGGGAGAUCAGAUGUAUAAGAAUGCUCUUAUCUUGUAAGCAUUGUUCGUGAAAUCACUCUUUCUCCUUAAAACCUAAAAAUGUUCAAACCUAAUGCCUACAAAAUUGAGUGACCUUGCAAAGACCAUUUUAUCUAGUACCAGAAUAUCAUUUAUUUUAGUUUCACUUCCAAACUUAAAAAUGUGGGCUUUAGCUUCUUACAAAAUCUGUUCCUUUUAAGUUGUGGCAAAUCUUGGAAGCCAGUGACAAUUUGUUUUGUUUGGAAACAUUAAUUCAGGCUUAAGGAUUCCUGCUGAACCACUGAAUAACAAAUCGAUGUGAAACAAAUUUCAAUGUAAACACAGCUUUAUUUACACAGCACUUGUGAACAAUAAAUUUGUUAUUUAACAUUUUAUUAAUAUGUA